AUGAAGCACAAAGCUCACAAUCACAACAACACUACGCUACUACCCACUUUGAUAUCUUUCAUCCUCGUCCUCAUGUCUCCAUUCUCCUCUUCCUUCCAAGGCACCAAAGCCAAUGGCGAAUCCCUCUAUCCUUCCAAUUGGCCUGCCAUUCCCUUUCACAAGGGUGAAGUGGCGGUCCAGAAAAAGGUUGGCACCCAUGACUUUGUCAUGUCCUAUGCUCCUCGCAUGAUUCGGCCUUAUAUGCCCGAUCAACAUCGUCAAUUCUUUCAAGCACAACCAUUCCUGGUCAUUGCCGCUCGGGAUGAUCAGGGACGCAUGUGGUCGACUCUCUUAUCGCCUUCCCAAACCACCAGUCCCGACCCCAAGAAUCUGGUCUUACACAAUGCUCAGCCCGUUGCGGGCGAUGCCUUGGAGGGCAUGCUCCAGCCCGGGACAGACAUUGGGAUGAUUGGAAUUGAGUUUGCCACCAAACGGCGCAACCGUGUCAAUGGAAGGCUGGUGGCAACCCGUGACGGUAAUAAUAACAAGUUGGUCUUUCAAGUGGACCAGAGCUUUGGAAAUUGUCCUCAGUACAUCAAACCACGUCAGUGGUGGAUUGCUGCCAAUGACACCAACACCAACACCAACACCAACAACCAGAAUGCUACCACCACUACUCAUCGAUCGGAUCGGCUUUCCAAAGACCAAGUGGCCAAGAUCAAAGCGGCCGAAACCAUCUUUGUGGCAUCGGGAUACCGUGAUUAUGCCAACGGUGGAGACGAUCCUCGGUAUGGCAAUGACGCCUCUCACAGAGGCGGACCAGAGGGGUUUGUAAAUGUCCGUGAUGACAAGACAUUGAUUCUACCAGACUACGCUGGCAAUCAGCAUUUCAACACCAUUGGCAACUUGGUCAUGGACCCCCGAAUCGGCAUUACGUUUCCAGAAUACGAGACGGGUGCCAUGCUGCAGGUCACAGGACGGGCCAGAGUAGUGGAGUUUACGAGGAACAACAGUCUGCUGGCUGCCUUGUAUCCUGGAGCCGAACGAUUGAUUGAAAUACGGAUUGAUCAAGUGGUGGAUGUCCCACCCGGAUCCAUUCCCAUUCGUUGGUCCUCCUCCACGGACGAACUGUUGCAACGCAAGUUGGUGGUGUCGGCCAAGAUUCGUGAAUCAGACAGUGUGAUGAGUUUCCACCUGCGACCACAGGAUCACGAGUUGCAAACCUUGUGGAAGUUUCAACCAGGACAGCAUUUGCCCGUUCAUGCGGCCGGUGUCGAUCCACUGAACGAUCCCGAAGCCGCCAUGGAACGCACCUACACCAUAUCGGCGGGACCGGAUUGGGGCGAAUAUCGCAUCUCGGUCAAGCGUCAAGGCAAGGUCUCCUCCUUUUUGCACAGUCACAUCCAGGUCGGCGAUACACUGCUGGUGGACAAACCUGCUGGAGACUUUGUGUUGAAAGAUGACAACCAUCGACCUCUGGUCCUCUUGAGCAAUGGCAUUGGAGUGACACCCAUGAUCAGCAUGUUGCAUCAUUGGGCCAAUCCUGAUCAAUCCAAAAAGCACUGUCGCCCUGUCUAUUGGAUCCAUGGUGCUAGGGAUAGCCAACACCAUCCCUUCGACAAUGAAGUCCAAGAGAUCCAGAAUCUUGUCAAGGGCAGCGAAAGGGCAAACCUCUACACUCAUGUUGCGUAUUCCCAGCCGCUAGACGGAGACACGGAGUAUGAUUCCCAAGGCCGACUCACGGCGGACCGGGUCCAGGCUAUAGUUCCAGAUCUACGGAAUGCUGACAUUUACAUGUGCGGAACCGAUGCCUUUGUGGCGGACAUGGAAGAGGGUUUGAAAGCAGCCGGAGUGCCCUCGGCUCAGAUCCGCUAUGAGACGUUCUGA